AUGGUGCUGCCGUCAGCCCGCCUCGUUCGAGACGCUCAGCUCCUCAUGCCCGGGCCGCCAGGUCCGCGUCCCUCGGCCCGCUCCCCACGGCUGGCCUCGGCCGCCCCCUCCCAGCCCGGGUCGCUGCUGCGGCGGCCGUGGCGCUGCAGCCUCCGCCGCGGCGCUGCCUCAGUGCUGCAUUGUGCUCCGCGGGCGCUUCCGCUGGCGGGGGGAGCGAGCGAGUGCUGCAUUGGGCGGUUGGCUGUAACUAAGUGGUUUCUAGCGCCUCCCACCUCAUCCCAAGGCAAAGGCUCCGGCGGGCGACGAGCGCUCGGCAGGGAGCGAGCGCCUGGUGCACUCGCCCCCCGCGCGCGGGUAGGGGCGCGCGCCGGAGAGUCAGCUGGGAAAUGUAGUUCUCGCUCCGCAUCCCGCUCGUUUCCACGAAGGUGCGGACUGUCGCGACCUCGUGACCACGGAAGACAGAAAGGGCAGAAGAGAGGUCAUCGAAGGCAGGCCCUUCUGGGCACCGAAGUAUCCCGACUGCGUCUCCGCGAGAACCAGUAUUCCUUCACUCCGUGGUCCAUGAAGACCCGUAAUGUUUUCCGCAGAUAUGGUAGUUACUUAAAUUACUAUCAGGGAAUCACACCCUCAAAAGUACGUGCGUCAAAGCAAAAAAGUGAUUUCCAAGACUAAUGCCAAGGAGUUGAUGUCAAGAGUUGUGGAGCUGGUUAAUAACACGUG